AUGGCCGGUCCCCGUCUUACAGGCCCAGCUGCAAAGCUUGUCCGCUCCAUCAGCACCACAACGGCGGCUUCUGUCCCCAAGUCUAAUACCCUGCUCACGAGCUCCAAGACCUCCGCUCCCAUCUCCAGGAAAUAUGCAGAGCUUCUCAAGGAGAGGAAUAUAGACCCGGAUCAUCCCCGUCACCUCUACACUCGCACAUCAAACCGCCCACACCCCCCUCCCCGCACCAUGCGCCUCAUGCAGACCUUCACCUCGAGCGCACCCCAAGCCGCCGCCGCCCAGGCCACCGCCAAGACCAUGGACAACAUGAUCUUCCCCGGCUCCGCCGCCCUCGAAGGAGCCUCCUCGGACCCAUUCGCGCACCUGCGCGUGCCCCUGCUCCCGGACAACUCCGUAGCGCACCACGCGCCCGAGACCAGCGACGGCCCCGUCGCCCCCGCGCAGAUCAGCAUCGUGGCCGCGAACCCGGAGCUCGUGUCGCCCGCGGCGCUGACCGAGGUCGAGGGCAUGGGCGUCGACGGCGUCGAGCUCAAGUUCGUGCACGAGGAGGCCGCCGCCGCCGAGGAGCAGCCCAACAUGCUGACGGGUCUGUGGAACGGCCUCGUCGACGACGUCAUAGGCGGCCAUCAAAAAAACAAGGUCGCUCUCUAA